AUGGCGAGUUUGGGUGCAUGCUGUAACCCCGAGGCCUUCAGUUAUGGGGUGGAAGCUUAUGAAGCCUGCAAGAAGAGAUCUCUGGCCAGAGAUAUCAUUGACGAGCAGAAAAAGGUUCAGGAAGCCGACCUAGUGAUAUUUCAGUUCCCACUGUACUGGCUCAGCGUGCCAGCCAUCCUGAAAGGCUGGAUGGACCGAGUGCUGUGCCAAGGGUUCGCCUUUGACCUUCCUGGAUAUUAUGACUCUGGCUUCCUCAAGGGCAAGCUGGCACUCCUCUCGCUGACCACAGGGGGCAACACAGAGAUGUACUCAAAGUCUGGGGCCACUGGAGAUUUCCGGUACUUCCUUUGGCCACUGCAGGCUUCUUCAAUGAAGAGUUGGAGGCAUGUGAGGGGCUCCGCCUGUGCGCCGCCUCCUCAGCGCAGCCCUCUUCCCGCCGCUGCUGGCAGCGAACACCGGCGGCAUCUGCUGUUUGUCAUUCAGCCUAUUGGGAAUGCCCUACGCCCUGAUUUAGACACGUCUGGGCUGUAUUCUUGCUCGGCUCUCCUGGUGGACGGACGCUUGGACAAAAAGCGGCGCCUCUGCCCAAGCCAGCCGACUGUGGGCCUGGGCGCCCAGGGCGCUUCUCCGGGUCGCCAUCAUGACCGCGGAGGUGGCGCGCAUGAGCAGCCCGCCUGA